AUGCGCGCCAUCCGCGUCCGACUCGCCAUUGGCCGACCUUCCACGUCUCGCCAGAGUCGUUCGACGUCGGCUUUCACAUCUUCCGCGACUCUAUCUCACCCUAGGAAGUUACCGCCGGAUUUUCCCCGUCGCAUUCCGGCCUAUGCAUAUGCGCCGGUUGAGGACAGUCAAGGGCCGCUUGUCAGCCCCAAACCGAGCGAGACAGAGACUGACCAAGACCAAGAGAAGCCUCGGAGACGUGUCGGGCGACCCCCAGGCAGUCCAAACAAGCCCCCGCCACCGCCGCCUCCGCCUACCACCAAGGCGUCUGUAAACCCCGAGUCCAUAUGGGCAGGGAAGACUCUAGGCGAAGGCGACGCCCGGACCCUGCCUCCAGAGGAUAUGCUCCAAGAUGCACUGGCACAACUCCUGGUCACUCUUCAGCCUCAGACACAGUAUCGCGCAGCCUAUUCAACCAAUGGGCUCCCAUUGGUUGAACCGACACUGGCUCUCUAUUGCCCAAUUGAGGGGGGCGAUUAUGUCAUCGAUGAUACAGUCAAGGAACUGGCUAGUCGUGUGAACGGAGAUGUUAUAGUCGUGGAUGCGGCCCAGCUUGCAGCUGGUGAGCACGGUAGCUUUGGCAAAGCCGCCUCGAUUCUCAAGUUCCCCCACAACCCUCUUCAUUUCCCCUCCACCGGAUCUCCUGCUUCCCGGCCAAUCUCUGAGGACCCUGACACGGACGACGACGAUCUGGAUGACGACGAUGAGCCAGACUCCAGUAUCCAACGAGUCACUUUUGGCAAUGUUUCAGCCGUCGCUAUCCCUGCCCGAGCACUUCGUAUGCGAGGUAACCCACUGGUCCCUGGUUCGUCUUCAUCUGGAUCAGGAAGAGAUACUCCUAUGGGCCAAUCGGAACUUAAAAACUUCUUCGAGUCGAUUAUCAAUGCACCUGUUCCCUCUUCCAGUCCUUCAAGCACACAACCCCGACCAAGGAUAAUCUACCUUCGAGACUUCUCUCUUUUAGCACCAAGUGCACACACAUGGUACCCGGCUCUCUUGUCUGCUAUCCGCUCCCGUCGGCAAGGCCAUCUUCUCAGACCGUCUAACCCUCUGCCUCAUCCUACGACCUUGGUUCUGGGAGUAUCUCCAUCAUCCGUGCCUUCACUUUCCAGCUCGCCUUCGCCUGGACCACCCAGUCCCGCUUCAGGAAUCAUGAACAUCCUCAUGGGCCAACGACCACGAAUUGUGCCGACCCCGGUCGCAAGCCGAGAAUCCGGUGCCAACCAGGACGAACGAGAGCUUCGACUCCGAGAGCGACUGAAAAGGUGGUCUAGAACUGGCUCCGUAUUGGACAAUCUACCUUCCUUUGCCUCCCAGCGAAGUCCGGCAGCUGGGCCGACAGGAUUUAUGUCCGCGAAUGGCUUCACAAGUUUAUUCGGGGCUCACCCGAGCUCGGCCAGAGAACAGGCCAACGAAGGAACGAAUAGCGGUGGAGUGAGCGUCGGGACGGGGAACAAGAGUGGCUAUUUUAGGGCGUGUGGAGUAGUGCCUGCUACAAGGGACGAAGCACGAGAAAGGAAUGUAAGGAGGGCGCGAAGAUUGGAAGUGAAUACGCUGGUGGUACGAAUGGCAAUGGGAGCCGUGGGUGCCAAGCUCGUUGGAAGUACAGGGAUGUUGGCCCGGCCAUCCAAGUCGAAGAAAGAGAUGGACGAAACAGAAAAGGAUAAGGAGAAGCCCGAUGCCAUUCCGACUGAUAAAAUGGUAGAUGAUUGGUCUCGAAAGGUCUUGGACUGGUCCUCUGCAAGACGGCUGGCAGACCGAGCGUUGGCAUGUUCUAUCCUCACAAAUACACCUCCGGUCGAACCCGUCGUUUUAGAUGAAACAGCUCCGAUUCACGAAGCGGCGGCAGCAGAGGAAAUGGGCGCCAGUGGGACAAACGGAGCAGGUGGGAUACCCCUCGCAACUCCCGUAAGUUGGGAGUCGGUGCGAACUGCAUGGGAUACGUUGCGGCUGUCACUGGGGUAUGGAGAGAAAAAAGCCGAAUCAUCCGGGACUACGACCACCCCCGCAUCCGAUUCAACUACAACACCAACUAUCAACCCAAGUCCCACUGGCUCUUCGAGCGCAUCCAGUACAACUCCAACUUCAACCCCCAAGUGGUCGGGUAUAGGCUCUCCCCGGGAGCCUGUCCCUUGGAUAGAUGCUGUGCUUGCUCCUCCCGUACCUACCAUCGGUGUGGAUGGAAAGCCUGCUGAGUCUGGAGCGGAGGACGACCUUGUCGAACAAGUCAAAAAUGAUCCCGAGCUGGAACCGCACGAAGACAGGCUGUUGGGAUGCAUUGUGAAUCCAGCUGAGCUCCAAACGACAUUCGCUCAAGUUCACUUGCCCGACGCAACAAUCGAUAGCGUGCGCACGAUUGUUUCGCUCCCAUUGCUCUAUCCAGCGGCAUUCCGCUCCGGUAUACUUGCACAACACGCUAUGAAUGGUGCACUGUUAUUUGGUCCACCUGGCACGGGCAAAACGUUGCUCGCCAGGGCUUUAGCAAAGGAAAGCGGAGCAAGGAUGAUGGUUGUCAAACCGUCGGAUGUGAUGGACAUGUAUGUCGGCGAAGGAGAAAAACUUGUUCGCAGUGUCUUUUCUCUAGCUCGGCGUCUCUCGCCUUGCAUAGUCUUUUUAGACGAAAUCGAUGCACUUCUCGGCGCUCGUUCGUCCCGAGAUAUAGGUGGUGCAGCAUCUGCUCACCGAGGGCUCGUUACCGAGUUCAUGCAGGAAAUGGACGGUUUGAGGUCUUCUGCUUCUUCAAAUGUGGUCGUGAUUGGAGCUACGAACCGACCGUUUGACCUAGACGAUGCGGUUCUCAGACGAUUACCCAGACGACUCUUGAUAGAUCUCCCAGGGUUGGAAGAGCGAGAGGCGAUCUUGAGAAUUAUGCUAAAAGGAGAAGACGUAACUGAAGAUGUCGACAUACCAACACUUGCAAAGCAGACCGAUGGAUUUAGUGGGAGCGAUUUGAAGAACUUGGUAGUUUCCGCCGCUCUGGAUGCUGUCAAGGAGAAUAUAUCACUGCCAUGGAGGACUGGCAGUGCUGCUAAUAAAAGCGGAGACAAGGACAACGAGAAGUUGGCAGAUCUACCGAAGCCAGAUGCGAUCAAUAUUGCUCCCGAUGCAACAAGCUCUGAUGCCCCUGUUCCCGGGACACAGGCUACAACCAAACCGGCCGUAGUUGAAUCGACGCAGCCCGCGGAGGAUAAUGCCGGUUCAACUACUGAAACAGUAGCCACUACCACACCCACUCAGCCAACAGUCGAACCAACAGUCGUGCGGAGGCUUACAAACGAGCACUUUACGCGUGCCCUCAAAGAUAUCACACCGUCUGCGUCAGAAGCACUCGGCACACUAGCUGACCUGCGAAAAUGGAAUGCCGAAUUCGGGGGUGGUGAUAGGAAAAAGACAAACAAGGCGUGGGGCGGGCGGUUCGGAUUUGGCGGUAGUGGAAAGAGACCAGAUGGUGAAGGUACAGGCCGGGUUGGCGGGGUGGUCGAUGAGCGAGUUUGA